CUUGGAAACCAUUGUGUUUGAUAAUAAGCUCCCCUCUGGAUUUCUCUGAAUAGUGGUGGAGUCACACAUGAAUCAGGUUUCUCCUACGGCAGCUCAAUUGAUUCACUCACUCACAAGGCUUUCUUGUAGACCUGAAGUUGUCUACUAAGAUGUAAAUAAUGAGAAAUUGCAGUUCUUAUGUCUAAGGAGAUAAAAUACCAAGAGAGUUGAGAGAAAAGGUUGUUGGAGUAUGUAAUUCAAUUAAGUGCGUGUAUUACACGUACUGAAAAUGUGGAUUAGGAGGAAAGAUUUAUGUAACAAUGUGACAGUCUUGCUGAUGAAAGCAUAUCAUUUUAGGUGCCAAAACAGAAGUACAGGAUUUCAACAAAAACUAACAGAGUUUAUGAUAUUACUGAAAGAAAGUGCUUCUGUAGCAACUUCUGCUAUAAAGCAUCUAAAUAUUUUGAAGCUCAAAUUUCCAAGAGUCCAGUAUGGAUGCGAGAAGAAGAAACACCAUCAGACAUAGAGCUGCUGAAGAAGGGACAGAGUGGUCAAUCUGGAGAAGAGGUGAAACUAUGUGAUGAAGUAGUUAAAACUUCUGACAUUGAAAAUCCUAGGGUAUCUUCGAAUCCAUGUGAAUCUGCUUCUUAUGGCACAGCCAGCGAUAGCAGUAGUGAAACCGAACAGGAAUUUGUUUCUUCCGUUCUACCAGGAAGUCAGUCAAGUUCAGCCAGUCUUGCACAGCAACUGCACAGAAACAACAUCCUCAAAAAGAAGCACAUUCAGAAAGUUUAUUCCAGCUCUAAAUCUGAAGGCUCAAAUGUGGUAGAAAUCACUGAACAACUCUCUAAUUGUAAAUUAAAUGCUCAGGAAGAAAUGCAUGCUUGCACUGUUCAAGAGAAAAUAACUGCAAUGCCCUCAAAAAGUACUACUCCAGGAAAAUCAAAUGCUUCUGAGAACUGUGAAAGUACCUGUAGCAAUUCACAGGUAGUCUUCCUAAGCGUGAGCAAAAAAGGAGCAGAAUACCUUAAAACACUAGCUAACUCAAAACAACAUGAAAAAAUUGAAAUAAGGGACUCAGUUCCUUCCUCGGCUACCAAAUGCAGUUUAUUAGAACUGCUUAAGCAAACACUUACAGAAUGGAGAACUGAGGAAACCUUAAAAUUUUUGUAUGGUCCAAACUAUACUUUAUGGUCAGAAUGCCUACCAUCUGCCAACCAAGAAAAUGAAGAACUCAACGAGGAUGACUUAGAUACACCCGAAGAUCUUAACAAUGCUGCUGUAGGGAAGUCUGAAAACAGUCUGAACUAUUCCUUACCUUUUAUGGGCUCAGGUGAAACAGCUAAGCCUGUGCCUAGUUAUGAAAAGUUAAAAGAAGAAACAGAGUUCCUACAACUCCGAGUAAGAGAAUUCUAUAAAGGAAAGUACAUCUUGGCUGAAGAGGAGUUAGCACAUACACAAACAGAUGAACAUUCAAGUACAGACAAAAACGAUCAACAGCAAGACCUCACGUUCCCACUUGUUGAUUCAAAUGCACAAAUGCAGAUUAGGAAGCGAAUUGUCCUCGAAAAACUGAGAAAAGUAUUACCUGCAGUUUUGGGCCCUCUUCAGAUUACACUAGGGGAUGUUUACACAGAGCUAAAAAAUCUUGUCAAAACUUUCCGGUUAACAAACAGAAAUAUUAUUCACAAAAUGCCUGAAUGGACUCUAAUUGCUAUUGUUCUGUUAUCUGUCUUGAAUUACGAGAUUGCAGAAAUCUUAUUUCAGAGGCCAUUUAUUACCGCACUGCUGCUUCUUCUUUUGCGUUUCCUGGGUCACUGGAGCCAGUAGGACAGAGAAGUACUUACAGAUAUUCACAGGUCAAGAGAUGUUGCGGGCCAACCUCAUAGCAUCCCCAGUACUGCAUUUACUUUCUUUGAUAUUACUUCAGUCUGACACAUUGUUCUGGCUUUACUGUCCCAAGGAAGGCUAUACCAGUAGGCAUUAGAGUAGGCUUCAGCGAGCCUUGCAUCUCUGUCACCCAGCCAGAUACCGCUCAAAUGAUUCAUUAAAUCAGAACACAGAAAGUAACUUUACUUGAAUGCCUUGGCAUACAUUUUUUAUCAACUAUAAGAACAAAUCUUUUGUCAUUUUUACUAUAUAUUCUUAUGGUUGAAUUGGUAAUUUGUGAAACAGAUCUUAUGAAUUUUUCAAGUAGCUUCCGUACAUUUAAGGAAAUUGUGACUCUUCUGAACGGAAGCUAAAAUACAUAGCUGGUCUGUGCUGCAUUAUGAUGAGGUCUAAAUGUUGUCAUAGCUAAUGGUUGUUUUACAAUUGCUUUUAAAUGUUCUACAAGUAGCAGGCAGUCUUGGAAGCAAUCAGUAGAAGCAGGGAAUCAAGGUGUAUUUUUUUUACCUUUGCUUUCUAGCGGUCCAUGCCUAAAUAAAUGAGUUAUAUUUGAUAGAAAACUAGAGUACAUUUUAUUUCUAAUAUUAUUCCAGUAAUGUAUUCCAAUGUUUUGACCUGGUCCGACACAGAAUGACUAUUUUCUCAUAAUGCUCAGGAGUGCAGUAGCAUAAGCAAGACCCUGAAACUUCCUCUUUCCAGCAGGAAGACCAACCACAUUACAUAUACCCUGUGCUGCAUGAGGUGUAAGAACACAAACUAAAGAAGGCAGGGUGAGGAUGGGAUUUCAAGGUAUACAUGAAAAGAAAAUUCUAAGAGCUCAAGUAUUUUUGUUUUGUUUGGAAGGAGGCAAACUUUGUUUAAAGUAGCAACUGCUGGACUUGCACCCGACUUUGUGCAUUGAUAUUGUGGCUCACCACUUCCUUCUCUUAGGGACAUACGGCAUGCUUAAGUUCACAGUGCACUUUCAGAGUACAACGACACUUUCUGUGCUUUUGGGAGAUUCAAUAUUAUCAUUACAGCUGUACUGACCUAAAGACUUAUCACUGCUUAAUAGUUUGUAUUAUGAUAAUGUUAUCCUUUAUUCAUUAAGAGUUUGUGAAUUAAAUCUUUGUAGAAUCUGCAUGUAGGAUAGUCAUAACGCCUAAUCUUACACCUAAUUUUAGUGAUUAGAUGAGAUCUGGGCUCCCUUUGUAUUCUGCUGGCCUUCCAAAAAUUAUUCUAAGCACUUAAAUGCCCUCAAAUUUAUUGACUGUUAAAGAAACUUGAACUUCUAAUUCACUGUUCUGAA